UCCUCAGUCCCUAGAGGGUAGAGGAUUAGUCAUGUUCUCAAGACUGAGGCAUCGCCUAUUUGGGAGACAGAAUGGAAAUGGUCCAGAGACCAGAGAGAGGCAGAAGGAAGCUGCUGUUCACUUCUGGAAAAGGCCUAAAACCGCUAUGGAGCCAGCAUCCAAUCCAAUGCUCCUAAGCAAGAAACAGAUAAAGAAGGAAGAGGAGAGGCUGACCACAGAGCUGCAACUGAUAACCAUGGAAAGAAAUGACCUGAAAGACCGACUGAUGAUCCUCACUGAAGGAGCCGUGGACAAUAGUCCCUACAAGAAGCACAAGCCAAAUGCUUUGUAUGAGAUGGCAAAGUUGGAUCACAAACAGAUCAUGAUGGAGUUAAAAAAUUUCGAGAAUGAGAACACCGAGACCUUAGAGAUUUUCAAGGCACUGAACAAGGAGACAAUCUUCUAUCGGGACCUGCACAGCCGACUACUGAUGGAAAGGACUCAGCUAAAGAAGAAAGUGGAUGAGCUGAGGCAGGAAGAAAGGAAAUUGCAGAAUGAUUGGACCGUGCUGAAGUACCACCUGGAGGAUUUGAAACUGAUCCAUAAUGACCAAGAAGAAGAGAUCAGCUACCUCAAAACCCAGCAACAACAGGAGCUCAAGAGAUUGGAAGAAAGCUUUCAGUUCCUGCAGAAGCAGAGGGAAAUGGUCGCACAGGAAAAGCACUUGGUCAAAAAGCUACAGCAUCAUUUUCAGGUCUCUCAGAUGAGGUCCAAAACUCCACAGACUCAUCUGGAACAGGCCACAGCCCUGGACAAGAGCCACCUGCAGAAGGAUCUCCUGCAUGGACCACGUGCUGAGCCCCUUCCCCAGCAAUAUUGAAUUCUAAGGACGCAUAUUCUUCAAUUUUGGUUACCCACGAGAAAUAGGCUCUGAUUUUCCUAAGCAGUGACCCAGCAUGGCUGCUUCUGAACCUUGAUUCCUUUUUUUUCUGUUUUUCAUCAUACCAUUUGAGAGACAUGAGGAAGCCAUAGUAAGCCACAAACAUCUUGAACACAUGUUCUUCACAUUAGGACCAAGGCCUACAGACAAAAAGAUACCCAUUGUAGCUGUGAACUCACCAGUGAGGGAAAUUCCAGCUGACCUCCAGGUGAUCACACCGAAUAUGAUUUGUGUUUCCGCUGACUCAGUUCUCGAGAAGAAAAGAACGCUUCAAAAAUAUACUUGAGAUACAGACAUCCGGAGACAAUAAUUACUCAGAAGCCUACAUUUACGAGCAAGUGGACUCCAUCUUGGGGAGAACACGACAUAUAAGCUCCUAGUUGGAAUGGAUCCAGACAUCUUGAAAAAGCCAUUCCAAAUCCUGACCACCUCGCUAGCAUCUCUCUGAGGCAAGCACUUGCCUGUAGUAGAUGUAGUAGGUGCUUUCAAUAUGCAGUGAUAAAUGCUAAUUAGCUUUAUUUUUAUUUGAUUUUUGUUUUAUUUUUGUCUGGUUCAUUUAGUUUUGAUUUUGCUAUUUUUCUGUUAUUUAUUUGUG